AUGUCUUGUUUCACGGUCCUCGCUUUACUCUGUUGCGCCAUCACCAUCCAUGCAGCGGCUGUUCAGCCACGCGCUUCUUCCUCUUCAGGCGAGUAUGGCGGAGGUGGUGGGAAACGCUUCUCUCAUUCCGGAAACCAACUGGACGGAGCCAUAACUGCCAUUAGGCUUCGGAUUAACCGAUAUUACAUUGUGGGGCUCCAGGUCCGUUACGGCAAGGAGUGGAGUAACUACGUGGGCGGCAGUUCCGGUGACCUGGAAGAGCUCUUUCUGCACCCCGGCGAAUCCAUCAUCCAAGCUUCCGGAAAAUACAAGAGCUACGUCAACAAAAUUGUGUUUGUCACCGACAAGGGGCGCUACUUCGCAUAUGGGCGGGACUCAGGCCUCAGCUACAACGCGGCACCCCUCUACCCGGGCACCGUCCUGCGUUACUUCAGCGGCAGCUCUGGUUCCGUCAUCGAUGCCAUUGCCUUUCAUUGGGACUAUUAUCCCAGUAAUUGUCCAACCUGUGGGAGAAACGGUGAGAAGUCAAAACAGUGA